GUUUGUUGUGCCCGUGACGCCACGCCCCCUCGCACGGUUCAUUUUCGGAACUUGGUGUCUUCCCAGCUUCGUAUGUCAGCGCACAAGCCAUGACUCUAGAGAGACCGUGUACACGUUGGAUAGUGAGCAAUAGCAUCUGUGUUCUCUGGUUGUGUUCCUGUCUUGUCCCGUGGGCCUCAGUCCAUGCAGCUCCAGACCUAAAAUUUGUCAUUCAGGGUGACCCACAGACAGACGAUGGCACAGAGCAUAACUGCACGGGACAGUCGAUAAAGAUAGGGUGUGCCUACAGAGGCUCUGUUGUUCCAUCUGAUGUCAGUCUGACCACUGGAAAUCCGGCACAAUCUCUGUAUUUGAGGCCAGAGAGUUCGUGGACUUUUCAGUUGUUUGAUGGAGGACUCAGCUACACUGUUUCUGCCAGUGAUGCUAGUGGUACCAGGACCUAUACAUGUUCUGCCAGAUCACUCACUGCUACGUUCACUAUUAUCUUCGAUGAUACUAGCUCCCACUGUUCAGGCACCACCACUUCCCCUACUACUCAACCUACUAGUCCGUCCACUGAGCCAAGUACAGGGUCCACUCCUGCCACCACUGGCUCCAGUUCUUCACCCAGCACACCAGACGGUACUGGGAGCCCCCCUACCGGUGGCGGGACCUCUCAAGGGAGCACCAGCUCUGGUGAAACAUCCUUCAAAGGUCUAAAGCCACUCGUCUACACCGUGGCGUCUGUCAUCCUGCUGGGCACUCUCGCCAUAGUGGCCAUCAUAACCUGCUGGAUCCGGGCACGUCGCUCGUUCCACAGCCGGAUAAUCCGACCCAACAACACUCCCCAGGACUACCUCGACUAUAUCAGUGACAAUGAGUUUACUCCACUCACGACCAGCGAGUUCCUGGCUUCGCUACAAGAGAGACCGCCCACUUAUAACCAGAGCGAGGAGAUGACAGAGAGUGUGGAUCCUCAGGGGACUGGUGACACCUCUGGUGGCGGAAGAGACGAGGCGAGUAGAACGCAGUCGUCCAGGGAGCUACAACCCCCUGCUACUACUACUACCUCGUCUGGUGGUACUAACGAAGGGGCAGGGGUGGCGGUUGUGGAGCGGAGGAGGACGAGGGGAGGGUCGGCAGAGAGAGAGCGAAGGAGGAGAAGGCGGGUGGUCAUUGUCGAGAAUGUGGCAGAUGUGCCAGACGUGACCGUCACUAUUACCCAGGGAGAGGUCAUCACGAACGAGGAAGAGGGCGGGGCAACUUCUGAGCCACACCCAUCUUCUCAGUCUAGCGCUACCCUUACAGAGGGUGAUAAAGGUUCCGCCAACGAGGGCCCUGUGGCUGUCCAACAGCUGGUACCGUUAGAGCUUGCCAACCCACCAGACCACACCCCCAGCCCCUCCCAGCAAGAGGUCGGGGUCAUCGAGGCUCGUGUCAGCAUGGUCGAGGGGCUCUCCCCACCUCCA